AUGUUAUUACAUGACAGUUUUUUCUUUUCUUCGCAACGAUACAUAAAUGAAACACAUUCUAGUCCAAUAACUAUAAUACAUUCACCACUUUUUCAUUCAACAUUAACAUUAAUUAUAAGUAUAUUUGGUACUUGUUCGAAUUUGAUUUGUAUGUUAUAUCUUUCAUAUAUUAUUUCACGAUAUAAACAACGAAAAUUAAAAAGAAAUAAAAGUGAACAACAAAAAUCGCUUCAUAUACUUUCAAAUAAAAAAUAUAAAUUUUUAUUAAUAUUAACAAGUAAUGAUCUUUUAUUAUGUUUAUCAGCAAUAAUAAGUUGUGUUGAUGAAAAAUAUUAUUUUCAAUCAUUAGUAUCACAUUUUCAUUUAUGUUCAUUUCAUAUUUUAAUAUGGAAAUUUACACUUCAUUUUAUUCCUUUAUUAACAAUAUCAAUUUUAUUUCGUUAUCAUUAUAUAUUAAAUAAAAGAUUUCCAUCAAAAAUUUUUAAUACAACAACAUUUAAUCAAUUAUUUUUUACUGAUUUAUGUAUAUUGAUACCAUUUGUCAUAGCAUUUGCAUGGUCUGUUGAUGGUUUAUGGUUAUGGGGUGAAACAAAUAUAAAUAAUUUUAUUUUACCAACAAUAUUUGAUAGUGGACCAAAUCAAACAAAAGAAACAUAUUUAACAUCAUCAAUGAAUACAACUCUUCAUCAAUCAUAUGUUAAAUUAAAAGAAUAUAAUAAUAAUAAUAAUGAUUAUUUACCUCAACAAACAAUUAUAUGUUAUUUACAAACAAAUAAUAAUUUUAAAUUUACAGCUCGACUUUUAUAUUUAAUACAAGCUGAUUUUUUACUUCUUUGUUCAUUGCAUUUUAUUGGUAAGUAA